GCGAGAGUUGAGACAACAUGUUGUGCCUGAGGAAUUUCAGUGUUUUCAUCUUGUUCAUGCUUCUUUCCAUCAUCCAGUCAGGUCAUGGUUCUGAGAUUAUUGGAGGGAAGGAAGUUAAGCCACACUCACUGCCCUUCAUGGCUUAUUUGACAAGUAAGAAAUCUAUGUGUGGGGGGACAUUAAUCCACCCACAAUGGGUCCUGACAGCUGCUCACUGCACUGGAAUGAGCAAGGCGAUCCUGGGAGCGCACUCCAUCGCCAAAGAGGAACAAGAGUGGAGGCAGGGCCGAGAGGUUGAGAAACAUUUUGCUCAUCCUAACUAUUUCAAUCAUAUUGUGGGCAAUGACCUCAUGCUGCUCAAGCUUAAGGAACCAGUAAAUACAACCAAGUCAGUAAAAUGGCUCCAGUUGGGCAAAAUUGUCAAAGACCCUGCAGAUGGCACCAAGUGUCUGGUUGCUGGAUGGGGAAUAACUGAAGAGAACCACACCUCGGAUGUUCUCAAGUCUGUCCGCGUGACUGUGAUUGGCAGACAUAAGUGUAACUCUUGUGAAUAUUACAACUACGCACCUUUAAUCACCAGUGACAUGGUAUGUGCUGGUUCAAAUGGCAAAAAAGCAGCGGAUACCUGUCAACUUAUAUCACCUCUGAGGGUAAUUGGUGGUAAACGAGGGCAGAUGAGCAGCAGGUGUGUCCUAAAGGAGAAGGCAGGGGCAGAGAGAGACAAGGGGAGGGGCAAGAAAGAAGGAGGAGGAGAGGGAGAAGACAACACCACGCCCACACACUCCCACAGCCUCACAUGA